GAAAACAACAGAACAAACCAAAAUUAAUUAAAAACAGAAACUUUCUUUUCAUUUUCAUUUUCAGAGAACAACUCCUGAGAUCAGUCCACACUCUUCCCAGGUUCACUGAAAUAGCUUCAAAAUCUCCACAAAAAACCAAACAGGAAAAAGAAAUCAGCUUUGAUUUUGUUCUUCUCUUGGGAUUCAGUUUACAUGGUAGCUCACAUUGCCAUUUCAAUGAAGCCUAAGAGCAACAACAAUUGUUGCAGCAAUGGCUACAGCAGCGAUGUGAGUAACGGGAGCAACAACUCUCCUAGUCCACCUCCUUCGCCGCCCAAGCCUCGUCUUACACCUACUCUGUCGCAGUGCCGCCGUCGGCUGCGUUCCAAGACCAAAUCUUUCGUCCGCCGUGAAAGCCUUGGGUCCGGCCUCAACUUCCGGCGUAAUCUCCGGUACUUGUUGCUGCUGCCACUUCUGUACGUUUCCGGCUUGUUAAUGUGUGUCGGUCCGUUUUCUGGGCUUUUGGGCUACGCUACUGUUCCUGGAUCAGUGUAUCGUAGCUAUGAGAAUUUUCAAAGACUUUGGGAUGAUAUUCGCUUUGAUAAUUCUUCUGCUCUUCAGUUGUCCUCUGUGUGGAAACACAAAAGAAGGGUGAAAGUACAGAAACCUUGCCCAAAUUCGACGGCUAGAAAUCAGUUCAUGUACAGAACUAGCAUAAUGGAGUCUCCUGGUUCUAGUUACCUGAUCAUUGAUGCCAAUGGUGGCCUUAACCAGCAGCGUUCUGCGAUAUGCAAUGCAGUGGCUGUAGCUGGACUCUUGAAUGCAAUACUAGUUAUUCCUCAGUUUGAACUCAACAGUGUUUGGAGAGAUCCCAGUCAGUUUGGGGAUAUAUAUGAUGAGGAUCACUUCAUCAACAACCUUAAAGGUUAUGUAAAUGUGGUUAGGGAGUUACCUGAAGCAUUGAUGGAAAGUUAUGAUCGCAACCUUUCCAAUAUUCCAAAUUUCCGUGUCCAAGCAUGGGCUUCUGUAAAUUAUUAUUUGGGAGUUCUUCUUCCCAUUUUGAGGGAUCAAGGGGUUAUCCGCAUCGCACCAUUUGCUAAUAGAUUGACAAUGAAUGUCCCAUCUCAUAUUCAAUUGCUAAGAUGUGUAGCCAAUUACAAAGCAUUGAAAUUCGCUCCACCUAUAUCUUCACUUGCUGAGAAACUAGUCACUAGGAUGAUUGGCAGGAGCUCGAUGACUGGAGGAAAAUAUGUCUCUGUCCACCUGAGGUUUGAGCAGGAUAUGGUAGCCUUCUCAUGCUGUGUGUAUGAUGGAGGGGAGGCAGAAAAAUUCAACAUGGAUUCUUUUAGAGAAAAAGGGUGGAAGGGGAAGUUUAAACGAAAAGAUCGCGUCAUUGUACCUGCUCUCAAUCGAGUAGAAGGAAAAUGUCCUCUAACCCCUAUGGAGGUUGGAUUGAUGCUAAGUGGUAUGGGAUUUGACAACACCACCUCAAUUUACAUAGCCUCAGGGAAAAUUUACGACGCAGAAAAGCAUCUAGCUCCUUUGCGAAAGAUGUUUCCUCUUCUUUACACCAAGGAGUCUCUUGCUACACCUGAUGAACUUGCUCCUUUCGAGGGAUAUUCUUCAAGGUUGGCAGCUUUAGACUACACAGUAAGCUUGUUCAGUGAGGUGUUUGUGACAACCCAGGGUGGAAAUUUUCCACAUUUUUUGAUGGGCCAUCGAAGAUUCCUUUUUCUCGGGCAUGCAAAGACUAUUAAGCCUGAUAAACGCAAACUUGUGGUUCUUCUGCAGGACAUGAGUAUCAGUUGGAAAGCAUUCAAGGAAGAAAUGAAAGUAAUGCUUGCAGAAAGUGAUCGCAAAGGGAUGAUGGUGCCUAGAGUUAAAAAAUUCAACAGAAAAACUUCCAUAUACACGUACCCUUUACCAGAAUGCGCAUGUCUCCAGAGCUCAAAUAAUUCAACAUUCAGACUAACUGAUAGUGCAAAUGUACUUGAUUACGGCCAUGAGCUACAAGAUAAUAAGCGAAGCUCAUACAUCAAUGGCAUCCGCUAAAGUGCAAUCAUCGAUCAUAUAUAAGGAAGCUAUUGUUUCUGUAUUUACCAUCUGUUCAUGGUUGUUCCACGCCAUUGUUGCAGUGCUUGAUCUGCCAAGGCAGAUGGGAAUUGCAGAUUUGGUAACCAACUUGCUGAUUCUCCAACCUUGAGUUCGUAGUCCAACAUCGGUGUUUCGGAUCGGAUUUACCUAAAGAUACAGGUUUUGUUUUGUUUGCAGUAGUGCGGAUGUAAGACGUAGGUGGGAUUUGCAUACACGGAUCAUAUGAGGUAGGGGGUUGACGUGAUUCUUUAGCUUUUGUUUUCAUAGUUAAUUCGACUUAUAGCAGGAGUAGUACAGCUUUCUCGAUCCUUUUUAUCAUAAAGUUCUGCAAAUUACUUAUACUGUAUCUCUUGAAUUUUUCUUUUUAGUAUGGCAGACAAGAGUACAAGACUGGCUAGCAUAAAUUGGAUUGAAAUAUAAUUGUGAAGUUUUUUCUCA